CCGUCUCUCAGAGUAUCAAAUAAGUCCUCUCUUUUCUUACUCCCGGUUCCUUCUUAUUUUUUCUGCUUUCCCUCCUCUCUCACUCUGUUGCCGACGGAAGGAGGAGGAAGAAGGUGAAGACGAAGACGAAGCUGAACCGUUGGAUCAUCGACGUCUGCUGGACUCGAUAUCAUUGUGGGGUCCAUUCUCGGAGAUGUCUGCACCUCAUCCUACUUCCCAAGACCGCAAUAAGGCAGACUGGAAUGAAGCACGUGAUGCUUUCUUAGUUGAAGGAUUGAUAGAGCAAGCUAAUAUUGGGAAACGCAAUGCCUCGGUGUGGAAGAAGGAAGCAUGGAAGUCUGUUAGAGAUGCAUUCAAUCUUAGGUUUGGGUUAGAGUUUGAUAUGUCACAAAUUAAAAGUCGCUACCACCUUCUCAAAAGGCUAUAUCACAUUCUACAAACACUACUUCAACAAAAUGGGUUCGGUUGGGAUGAUAAUUUCCAUGCUGUUACUGCUAACACAGAAGUGUGGAAUCAAUAUCUCUCAGUGCAUCCUGAAGCCAAGUUUUUCAGAAAGGCGAACUUCCCUCUUUACGAUCGGCUAGCCAUAUUAAUAGAAGGUGUUGAGCCAAAAGCUAUUAUCUCAAAGGAAAGCUUUGACGAAGUUCAGGAUUUGCUACAGAAUUCAAAUGCUACAGAUUCAUCAGGGAAUGUGAUAUCUGGAGACAGUGGUCUUCAUAAUCGACGGCAGGACCGCGACAAAGUAGAUUGGAACGAGACACGUGAUGCCUUCUUAGUUGAAAAAUUGAUAGAACAAACUAACAUCGGGAAACGAUCGGACACAGGGUGGACUAAAGAAGCGUGGAAGUCCACUAGAGAUGCAUUUAAUCUACGUUUUGGGGUUCAAAAUGAUUUGCAACAAUUAAAGAGUCGUUAUAAACUACUUAGAAAGCAUUAUCUCACUGUGCAAACUCUACGUCAACAUAAUGGAUUUGGUUGGGAUGAUCAUGCCUGUGUUGUUACUGCUGACAACGAAGUGUGGGAUCAAUAUCUCUUAAAACACCCUGAGGCCAAGCUAUACCGAAAGACACGGUUCCCUCUUUACCAUCAGCUAGAGAUUUUAAUUGAAGGAAAACAGAAAGACCUUCAGACAGUGAAUGACAAAAGUACAUGCCAAGCUUCUUCAGAAGAAAACUGUGACAUUGCUCCCCUGACACCAAUUCCCAUCUCUGCUGUGCCUCCCCCAUUAAACAACGGUGAAAAAUCUGUGACCGACACCGCCAAAAGGAACCUAGAUGGGGAUGAUUCUGCUCCAAAGAAGUCAAUUGACAGAUUUGGUCAGAAAGCAUCAAUAUAUCAUGGAGUCACCAGGCACAGAUGGACUGGGAGAUUUGAAGCACACAUAUGGGAUAAGAGUCACAGAGGAGAAGGUCGAAAACGUAAUGGAAGACAUGGUGGAUAUGACAUUGAAGAGAGAGCAGCAAGAGCAUAUGACCUUGCAGCUCUCAAAUUCUUGGGCCCAAGUACCAAACUGAACUUCCCUAUCUCUGACUACGAGAACGAACUCGAGGAGAUGAAGAAUGUAACUGCCGAGGAAUUAGUGGCAUCUCUGAAAAGGAAGAGUGAUAGUUUCUCAAGAGGGGCUUCUAUUUACAGAGGAGUAACAAGACACCGGAAAGACAACACCCGCUGGCAAGCUCGAAUUGGCCGGGUUGCUGGCUUGAAGGACCUCUACCUUGGAACAUUCAGUACCGAGGAAGAAGCAGCCAAAGCAUAUGACAUCGCCGCCAUUGAGCUACAAGGCCUAAAAGCAGUAACCAACUUUGACAUUAGUAACUACUUGGAUGGGGUUCGAAAGGGCCAUAAGGCUUUGACAAACUACUUGGAUGGGGUUGGAAAGGAUCGGAAGGCUUUGACAAAUUGAUGGUCUAGACUAAAGGGAAAGCUGGUCCCAGUGCAGCAGACGGUUGUUAAUUCAUUGCCGGUGUGGAGCAUUUGGUUGAAAGAUGAGUUGCCAUAGAAGGUUUAGAUUGCGGUUCUUUACUGCAAUAAGACUUUCUGUUUUUUUCUCUGUCCUGCUUAACGCGGCUGCCAUCCGGGAGUCUGUCUCUACAUAAGAGCAGCUCUUUGUUAUUCAUGUUAGUGAUCUUUUCCAAUUGUAUCUGUACGGAUGUUUAGUGAAGUUGUAAAGAACUGAUCCUUGUAUCUAUAUAAUGACCAGGGCUUCAAACGGGCACGGUCAACUUAAUGGCCCAUUUGAUGCAACCCAAUUAUAAAAUUGUCCAUGAUCUGAAUUCAGCCUAGUGGAUCAGGUCUUUAUCCGAAA